AUGGCGUCUCCGGCAGACAGCCACGAUGAGAAGAAGCCGGACCAUCGCUACUUGGCCCCGGAUGACCAUACCGCCCAACCUCCUCCCCUGAGCCCCGCCGAGUCUAGGGAAACGGCGAGUCGACUUGUGGACGACCUGGAACUCCUGCGGGCCGAGCGAGCGGUAUCCAACGAGGAGAAACUGUCAGGCCACCGGCCAUCACGGUCCAGGACGCGACAUCACGAGGAACCUGAGGAUGCAUUCAACCCGACAGCCGUGGCCAACGAGGAGACUCACACGCACAAGCCGCCGACCGCCCUGAUGAAGCUAUGGAAGAAGCUGAGGUCCUUCCCGCGAUUCGUCCGGUACUUCAUGUACAUGACCCCCGUCGCCGUGCUCUUGUUGAUCCCCAUAUUACUUGACCUGUAUGCCAUCAAGUACACUGCCGCCGUUGGAGGUGCUGGAGGAGUAUCGCUGAAGUGGUUUGGAAUCUGGCUCGAGGUUGUGUGGCUGUCUCUCUGGGCGAGUCGCCUGCUGUGUUCUAUCGUGCCAUAUCUGAUGGCCUGGUGUGCCAAGCUCGUCGGUUCCUCCACGCCCAAGAAGUGGAGGGACAUCGGCUGGCAGCUCGAGUUCCAUGCCGCGUUGUUUCUGUGGAUGCUCGCCCUGAUCAUCUCCUUCCUGCCCCUGGUCAACAGCCACCGCGUCCCCGGCGGCCACUGGGAUGGCGACACGCCUCCCUACCUCCACUGGGUCGAUGUCGUCAACAAGGUCAUCAUCGCCCUGUUCGUCCUGGCGUGUCUGAACUUCUUCGAGAAGAUCCUGAUCCAGUGGAUCGCCAUGUCGUUCCACCUCCGGACCUACGCCUACCGAAUCGAGAACAACAAGCAGGAGAUCCGGUAUCUGAUCACUCUGUACGAGUACUGCAGCACCCGCACGCACAACGAGCUCCCCUGGGAUCCGACCGCCCCGGAUUCAAGCGGGACGAGGACGCCGCUCAAGAUCAUCCAGAACAACGCCCGGCAGGCCUGGGGCAAGGUCGGUAACGUUGCCAACCGGAUGGCCGGCGAUUUCACUGGUCGUAAAGUUCUAAACGACGACCACCCACAGAAGGUCGUUGUGGAACUUCUAAAAAGCACUGCGACGGCCAACACACUAGGCAGGAUGUUGUACCGUACUUUUGUCCCGCCCGGCCGAGACACCGUGCGCCCGGCCGACUUGGAGCCGGCCUUUACCAACCCCGAUGAUGCCGAGGCCUGCUUCGGGGUCUUUGACAAGGACAUGAACGGCGACAUCUCGAUGGAGGAGUUUGAGCUGGUGUGCAACGAGAUCCACCUCGAGAAGAAGGCCAUCAACGCGUCGCUCAAGGACCUCGACUCGGUGAUCCGCAAGCUGGACAAGGUCUUCCUCUUCAUCAUCGUCGUCAUCGCCGCCAUCGUCUUCGUCUCCAUCAUCUCGGGCUCGGCGGCCGCGGCGCUCGGCUCGGCGGGCACGACGAUCCUGGGCUUCGCGUGGAUGCUGCAGGCCACGGCGCAGGAGUUCCUGCAGUCCAUCAUCUUCGUCUUCGUCAAGCACCCGUUCGACGUGGGCGACCGCGUCACCGUCUACGGCAACACGGGCGACAUGAUGCGCGGCGACGACUACUACGUGCAGGAGAUCUCGCUGCUGUACACCGAGUUCAAGAAGAUGCAGGGCCACGUCGUGCAGGCGCCCAACUCGCUGCUCAACAACCUGUUCAUCCUGAACCAGCGGCGCAGCAACGGCCUCGCCGACGUGGUCGAGCUCAAGAUGCGCUUCGGCACGCCCAACGAGGUCAUCGAGGAGCUGAAAGCGCGCAUGGUCGACUUCGUGACGGACAACAAGCGCGACUACGCGCCGCGCGUCAUCACCGAGGUGCGCACCAUCGAGGAGGUCUGGGCCAUCACCGUCAAUUUCGUCUUCUUCCACAAGACGAGCUUCCAGAACGAGCUGCUGCGCCUGCAGCGCCACAACAAGCUCGCCACGGAGCUCAUGAUCCAGAUGAAGGAGCUCGGCAUCGAAGGCCCGCGCAAGAUGCAGCCCGGCGGCAACAGGGACUACCCCUUCUACUGGACCAACCUGCCCCCGCCGCCCUCGUACUCGGAGCUCAAGCCGGGCCACGCCGACGCCGCGGACCCGGUUCCCGUCCUCGAGCAGCAGUCGGCCGAGGCGGCGCGGCAGCGGCGCCGCCGCGCCGAGAGCCAGCCGCCGCGGGUUGUGGUUGAUGACGCGCCCGACUUCCAGGACGUGUUCGACACGCGCAAGCCCGACGCGCUGCGGCGGCUGCAGAGCCUGCGGGCCGCCGGCGCCGCGCGGGCGGCGGCGGGGGAGAGCAGUCAGGACCGGCUGCCCGGCGUGGCGGAGAGGGCGGAGGAAGAAGGCAGGGCGAGCGCGAGCGGGGUCAGCAUCCCGAUGCAGAGCGUGCAUCCGCACCGGUCGGGCGGCGGCGGCGGAGGCGGCGGAAUGUUCCCGCGGCGGUCGGGGACGCUGAACCGCGGCCGGUCCGGGACGCUGGGGAGCGUUUCGGAGGGCCCGGCGCCGCAGCUGCCUCCGCUGCAGCAGAUGGAGAGGAAUAGCGCCGAGAGGAUGGUGUGA